UUUUCAUGCGAAUCUGUGAUUGAUGAGUCCAGUCUGAAGCGAUUCCAUCCCCUCACAACAGCGGAGGAAGGAAGGAAGGAAAGAAGCUCGCUGCUGCUGCUUCUGCUGCUGCUGCUGCGUUUCAGAGGGAUCGGCGCCACUUGGAGUCCACGCAUCAUGGGCUUGACCAAGCAGUACCUCCGCUACGUGCCGGGCGCCGUGUUUGGCGUGAUCGGCAGCCAGAGAGCGAACAUCUGCUACGUCAUGCUACGCGGCGGAGAGCGCGGCCGCUACGUGGCCGUGGCUGCGUGUGAGCACGUCUUCAUCUGGGACACCCGCAAAGCGGAGAAGGUGUUGAUCCUGGCGGGCCAGAAACACGCGGUGACGUUCCUGCGGCCGUCGCCGGACGGCGUCCACGUGGCCGUGGGCUACGAGGACGGCGCCGUGCGGCUCUUCAGUCUGCUAAACGGAGAGAGCAACGUCUGCUUCAACGGACACAAGUCGGCCGUCACGGCCAUGUGUUACGACGCGCUGGGGGCCAGACUCGUCACCGGAUCCAAGGACACGGACGUGAUCGUGUGGGACGUGAUCGACGAGUGCGGCCUGUACCGACUGCGGGGGCACAAAGACGAGGUCACGCAAGUGCUCUUGCUCAAAGACAAGAGCCUCCUGGUGACCAGCUCCAAGGACACUUUUGUGAAGUGGUGGGACUUGGACACGCAGCAUUGCUUCAAGACCUUGGUGGGCCACCGCAGUGAGGUGUGGGCCAUGACCUUCCUUAACGAGGAGCGGCGGCUGCUGCUGACGGGCUCGGGCGACAGCCAGCUCCGAGGGUGGGAUGUCACCUACGUGUCGGAGGCCAAGGGUGAGCCCCAAGCGAAGAAGGGCAAAAGUCUGCCGGACGGUGGCGGCGGGGACGACGACGACGGCGGCGAAAAUGAUGGCGACGCCGGCCAGAGUCCGGAAGACCGUAUUUUGAGGUGCAAGGAAGCGGGCUCCGUCCUCCGCAAGGCCAGGGACCGAGUCGUGUCUCUGACCGCCGACAGCAAGGCCGGCAUCUUCGCCUGUCACGGCAACGACACCGUCCUGGAAGUGUUUGCCGUGCUGUCGGAGCGCGACGCGCGCAGGAAGAUGGACAAGAAGAUCAAGAAGGCCGCCAAAACGGCGGGAGGCGCCGACGGCGAGGAGCCGCAGGUGGACUGGACGCUGAAAGACCAGAUCGUGCGACUGAGCGACAUCAGGGCCUCCUCCAAGAUCAGGUGGGCCGACUGCCUGUGCUGCGGCGGCGGUGAGCUGAAGGUGGCGCUGCUGCUGCACAACAACACGGUGGAGACGUACAGCCUGAAGACGAGGGACAGGGCGGCGACGGCCGGCAAGACGGCGCGCCUCACGCUGGACGGCCAUCGCAGCGACGUGCGCACCCUGGCCUUCAGCUCCGACAACCUGGCCGUGCUGUCGGCGUCGGCCGACACCGUCAAAGUGUGGAACAGGUCCACGCUGCAGGUGGUGCGCACCAUGGUGUGUGACUACGCCCUCUGCUCCCUCUUUGUGCCCGGCGACAGGCAGAUCAUCCUGGGGACCAAGAGCGGUACUCUGCAGAUCUUCGAGUUGGCGUCGGCGAGCCUCCUGGAGACGCUGGACGCCCACGCCGGGGCCCUGUGGUCCCUCUGCCUGGCGCCCGACCAGCGGGGCGUGGUGACAGGAGGCGCCGACAAGAAGGUCAAGUUGUGGGACUUUGAGUUGGUCAAGGACGAGGCCAGUGGACACAAGAAGCUGACGUUGAAGCACAGACGCACGUUGCAGCUGGACGACGACGUCCUGUGCGUGAAGUUCUCUCCCGAUCACCGCCUGCUGGCCGUCUCCCUACUGGACUGCACCGUCAAAGUCUUCUACACGGACACGCUGAAGUUCUUCCUGUCGCUGUACGGACACAAGCUGCCCGUCCUCUGCCUGGACAUAACACACGAUAGCAAGCUGAUAGCCACAGGCUCGGCAGAUCGCAACGUGAAGAUUUGGGGUCUGGACUUUGGCGACUGUCACCGCUCCAUGUUUGCGCACGACGACAGCGUCAUGUUCCUGCAGUUCGUCCCCAAGACGCAUUUGUUCUUCACGGCGGGAAAGGACAAGAAGAUCAAACAGUGGGACGCUGACAAGUUUGAGCACAUCCAGACCUUGGAGGGCCACCACCGCGAGGUGUGGUGCCUGAGCAUCAGCCCCAACGGCGACCACGUGGUGUCAGCGUCGCAUGACAAGUCUCUGCGCCUGUGGGAGAGGACCAGAGAGCCUGUCAUUCUGGAAGAGGAACGGGAGAUGGAGCGGGAGGCGGAGUUUGAGGAGAGCCUGGCCAAAGGUGACACUCCGGCGGUGCCCGGAGAGACCCCGGGCCAAGCCGCGCCGGCCGCCAAGAAAACGGUGGAGACGGUCAAAGCUGCCGAACGCAUCAUGGAGGCUCUGGAGCUCCUCCGCGGGGAGAACAGGAAGCUGGAGGAACAUAAAUACGCUUGCCAGCGAGCCGGAAAGGAGCUGGCGCUUCCCGAAGCAAAUCCCAUCCUGGUAGCCUUUGGAAACAUUUCUCCGUCCCGCUACGUUCUGGACGUCAUCAAGAAAGUCCGAUCCAGCGAGCUGGAAGUGUCUCUGCUGGUGUUGCCGUUCCCGUACGUUCCGGAGCUGUUGGAGCUCUUUGACGGCUUCAUCCGGGAAGGCCUGGAGGUGGAGCUGGUGUGUCGCUGCCUCUUCUUCCUGCUCAAGAUUCAUUUCGGUCGGAUCGUCGACAGCCAGAAGCUUCUCGCCGUCAUCGAUGACCUGCGCACCAACACGCUCUCCAAAGUGCAAGACAUCCGCGACCUGAUGGGCUUCAACAGCGCCGCCCUGCAGUUCCUCCAGCGCGAGUUGGAGAGCAAAGAGGAGGUGAUGUUGUUCGCCGACGCCACGGGACGCCUGGCCGACAAGAAGAAACGGCGGAGGAAACGCGAGAGGGCCAUCCUCACUCUCGCUUGACGCUAAUGGCAAACCAGACUUUUGCUUUUUUCUACCCAUCUCUCCAAUCCUAACAAUAAAACGUAUUUUUGUUCCCACUUAA